CAAGUGCGUCAGCAGAUUUCUGAUCUUUCCUCAACUUCGACCAGCUACGAGGAUCUCAUCCGCCGCAAAGAGAGCGAACUGGCCAUCCUGAAGGCGGAUUUGAAGAAGUACGAGUCUGAUCGGCAGAUCUUCGAUGCAGAAAAGCAGACCCUUGCCUCGAAACACGAUGGUCUCCAAAGCCGCCUGCGCGAGGCCAAUGCCGAACUCGAAGCCAUGCGCGCCCAAAAGCAGCAAUCAGAUCGUGAAGCUGCAGAUGCCAAACGCCUUCUCGAGGACCGGGAAACUGAGGAUGCGCAGUCAAAGCUACUUCAGGAACAAAUUGAGCUCCUCAAGUCUGAGAUGUUCGAGGUUCAGAAGGAGCUCAGUCGCGAGAGGCAAUCUCGUGACGACGUGGAAAUGCUCGGUGAGCACAAAUACGACACACUCAAGCGCGACUACAAUGCUCUGAAUGAGUCCAAGAUCACCAUCGAGAAGGAGAUGUAUGCUCAGCAAGAUGUUCUGCGCCGCGCAACCGAAACUCGUACUGCGCAUGAGCAAGAACGCAAGGAGUACCAGGGCGAGCUCCGAAAUCUGCGAGAGCAGUACCUCAAGUUGCAGGAAGAAAAGAUGGAUGCUGAUGCCGAAGCCGAACGUACUCAGUCACGUCUGGCACUGGAGAAGCACGCUGCACAGGAAGAGGAACUCGAGCUCAAGGAUCAGCAACUUGACCAACUUGAAGCCGAGCGUGAUGACCUUGCUGAGCAAGUGCACAACCUGACUCAGAUGCUUGCUGAUGCAGAAGGCUUCAGGGAACGAAACGACCAACAGAAGGAACGUCUUGAGCGUGAGCUGGUCACCGUCAAGGGGCGACUUACAGCUUCCGAGAAUGACAACCGCGCACUGCUCAACAAAGUCCAACAAAAGAACCUCGACAUUGCUCGAAGUAACUCACGUGCCGGCGAGACCCAGCGCUCCAAGAUCAUCCAAUUGACAAACGAAAAAUCCAAGGUCGACGAAGACAACAAGCGCCUGUACCGUCAGCUCGAGGACGCUCAAGUCACCAUUGCAUCGAUGGAGAAGCAGAAAGAGAAGCUAGAGCUUACUCUCGAAGACUUGAACCACGAGAUCAACCGCGAGGCGAAGAGCAACCGCACCGCUGAGAAGGCGUCUUCUACUGUCAACCUCCAGCUUGCAGAAGUCAACCGCAAGCUUGAAACUGAAAGACAGUUACGCACCCAGGCUCAAGCAAACACCCGCGCUGUCCAAGCGACAUUGGAUAACAACAACCGCGAGCUCGAAGAGUGCCACAACCAGCUCAUGCUCCUCCGCAAGGUCUUUGACCCAGAGUCUGCAGACGUCGCCGUCACCUACGAUGCUGCCAAGCCACAGAUCUCCAGGGCUGUAGAUGUCGCGGAGCGUCUCGAGGCUGCCAACCAGGCUUUACGCGUGGCUGUGGAGCGAUACAACCGCGCAGAAGCUCAGCUGGACGACCUCCGAGAGAGGCACGAGGGUGAGAUCAAUGAAUUGGAUACACGCCAUGCCAACUCGAAGCGGGCUUUGCUAGAGGAGAUGAACAGCAGCCAGGUGAAUCAAGCGAACGCAAACCGAUCGCCGACACACAAGAGUAACGCAACAAACGAUUCCGCCCGCUCUGACCGCACAGUCGACACCAUCUCUUUCAACAACCGCAUGGACAUGGCUGCCGAGCUCGAACUUGCACAAAACCAGCUGCAGAUAUCGGAAAUGCGAAACGCGCACCUGCAGAGCCAACUCGAUCAAUCUCCUGUACGCAAUAACAGUUGGCAAGAGGAAAGCCCAUCGAUGAGGCGAGUGCAGAAACUGGAGCGCGAGAACUUCCGUCUCCAUGACAUGCUCGACGACUCCGCGAAGAAGGUCUCCUCACUCGAGCACAGCCUACGCUCAGGACAGCUGUCCUAUCAAGAAGUGCAAACAAAGUCACACGAAGAGCUCUUCGAGAUCUUGAAGUCACAGGAACAGUCGCGCAAAUCUAUCGUACAAGCACACAACAAUGCCAUCAACGAGCUGGCAGACGCAAAGACUGCCUUUGAUGACGUCAAGCAAAUGAAAGCGGCUUUGGAAGCCGAGCUUCGCGAAGUCUCGACUGAGUUGGACGCGUUCGCUUCUGAGCGCGAGCAAGAACAAGCCAACCACAACCAGCUCUUGCAAGAAUUUGCUGAUCUGCAAAUCCGACUGGACGACGAGACAUCUACCUUGCUUGACGUUCAAUCCAGCUUGAGCUUAUAUAAGAACCGUGCUGAUGAGUACUUCAACAAACUUGAACAAGCUGAGAUCGCCGUGCUCAAGGCUUCUCGCGCUGAGCAAUUCGCCAGGACACAAGCACGCGAGGCCGAGGAGACCUGCGCUACUUACAUGGCGGAGCGCAAGGAGAUGGACGGUAUGGUUGAGGACUUCCAAAGACAAGUCCAACAGUAUGAAGAACGUGUCGAGGACCUCUCAACCGAUCUGCAGGCCGCGCUGCAAGCCAAGAAGCGGCUGCAAAACGAGCUCGAGGAUUACAGAAGCCAGCAUGCGCACGACAUCGAAGAUGGCGAGAGCUCGCUAGAGCAAACGCGCAAGAAGUACCAGACCGAGCUUUCGACAUUGACAAACGAGCUCGAACAAGAGCGCGAGACAAUCAUCUACAUUCGCGAGGAGAAUGGACGCCUGCGCGAAGAGAUCGAGGAGAUGAGGAGCAAGUGGGAUGACGAGGUGCUCAACUCGUCCACAUGGGCGAAGGAGAAGAAUCGCCUGGAGAUGACCCUCCAGGUGGUGUCCAACUCUCGCGAUGAGGCAGCCAAUGCUCACAACGAGGCUCAAUCUAAGAUCGUGAACCUCCUGUCUCAGGUCCGUAACCUCCGCACUAACGUCGACGACCUUGCCGCUGAACGCGACUCCGCCAUUGAGGAGAAGAAGCGCCUUGAGACCCGACUGCAGGAGGCAGCGGCUCGACUGGAUGACCUGUCGCGGUCUGAGUCACCGGCUAUGCGUAACGCCGCUGCCUACGAUCGUGAGUUGCUCGAACUCAAGUCUGGUCUUGCCCAGCAGGAAGACAUCGCAGCUGCCGCCGUUGGUAAGAUGCGGCGUGCUGAGGCUUUGGCACAGGAGCUGCAAAAGGACAUAAUCGCCGAACGCGAGGCGAACGUCCAGUUGCACAAGGAGAAGGGUCUUGUCGGCAAAAAUCUCAAGGAUCUUCAGCUUCGUUUGGUGGAUCUCGAAACCAAGGGCUACAGCGGCUCGGCUGGCAAGGACGUCCGCUUUCUCCACGGACGUAUUCAAGAGCUCGAGAAAGCCCUUGAGGACUCUGAAUCGACACGUCUUUCCGACUCUCGCGCCGUUCGCAACGUUGACCGAACAGUCAAGGAUCUGCAGUCUCAGAUCGAGCGUCGCGAGAAGCAGAACGCCUCCGUUACCGAAGACCUCAACAAAGCCCGCGACAAGAUCGCUAAGCUGCUUUCCACCAUCGAUGAGCUGCAGUCGUCCGACUCAGGGAACCAGCUUGCCGCUAAGCGCGCCGAGCGCGAACUCCGUGAGGAGCGCGAGAAGAGCGUCAAACUCGAGCGCGAACUCGAAAACUACAGGAACAUGCGCGUCGAGCGCAGGAGCCAACUCGGUAUCCCAGGCAUCGCGGCCAGUGACGCUGGCGAUGCACGAUCGCGACGCGGUUCCUCCAUUGGUCUCCUCAUGGGCGAGAUGGGCGAAGCUGCGCCCAGCGAGAAGAAGUACGGCAGCUUCCAAGAGGAGAAGGAGAAGAGUACGAGUACUGUCACUAUCGAGAAGACGAAGCCGACGUCGAUGUCCAGGGCGUUGGUCAUUGCUGGUGCGGGCAUGAGGAGGAAACAUAGUUAUGAUACUGGAGUUGGUCUGCUGGAAGACAUCGAGGAGGUCGAUUCUGUGCUCGAAAAGGACUCUUUGCUGGAACAGGCCUUCCUCGACGAAGGCGCUGACGAAGACUAUCUGGAGGAAGGGGAAGAUGAGACUCUGGUUGAGGUUGAUGGCGAGCUCUACAAGGAAAAGGAGGUCGCGAUUGAAGUCUCGGACUCCGAGCCUGAGAGCGAUGUUGAGUCUGAUACUGGGCCUCAGGAAGGGUGUGGGGUCAAGCGCAAGAGGACCAUUAGGGUUGUUAUCCGGUCAAGGGCGUUCAUAUGA